AUGAACAUCGAUAAAACACUUCGACAGUUCUGGGAAGUCGAAGAGAUAAACAAACCUAAGCCGCUAACACUGGAUGAACAAAAUGCGGUGAAUAUGUAUCAAGCUACUUACAAACGUGAAGAAUCUGGUCGAUUCGUGGUGAGCCUUCCUUUCAAAGAAACAGAAGCACCGUUGGGGGAGUCACAGCCAGCAGCCAUCCAUCGACUAAAGGCAAUGCAGCAAAAAUUUGCAAGCGAUCCUGUGUUCAAGAAGAUGUACGUUGAAUUCAUGGCCGACUACUUGGAGGUUGGCCACAUGGAACAGAUUCCGGAUAAAGAGAUCGACAUACCUUCGGAUCGAAGAUUUUACUUUCCACACCAUGCAGUUCUACGCAACAAUAGCUUGACCACGAAGCUGCGAGUCGUUUUUGAUGGCUCCUGCAAAACGACAACAGGGGUGUCUUUAAACGACCGAUUGCUGGUUGGACCGAAAGUUACCGAAGAUGUGCCGAUAGUUGUAACCCGCUUCAGAACAUACCCUGUCGCAUUUAAGGCGGAUGCGGAAAAAAUGUACCGGCAGGUCAAGGUGCGCAAGGAAGAAAUCGAUUACCAACGUAUUGUGUGGAGUUCGGAAUCCGAACAACCUCUCGAACAUUAUAGAUUAUUAACGGUUACAUAUGGCAGUUCAUGUGCCCCGUACUUGGCUGUAGAAUCUCUCCGGCAAGCAGCUCGAGAUAGUUAUGGGCAGUAUCCUGAAGCAGCAGAACGUGUGUUGAAGAACUUUUAUGUGGAUGACCUACUAUCAGGUGCUGAUACACUUGAAGAAGCAGUGAAGAUAAGGAACGAAAUUAUCCAGAUAACAUCGACGGCUGGAUUCAAUUUACGAAAAUGGUCAUCGAAUGAUCCCCGCCUGUUCGAUAAUAACAACGAAGCAAAUGAAGCCGUCCCACUUCAUCUAGCACCGGAAACUGAUCCAGUCAAGGCUUUGGGUAUACAGUGGUAUCCUGACACAGACACCUUUGGGUUCGAGUUGGAGAUGGACUUCGAUAAGCUGAAUACGAAACGUCAAAUGUUAUCGGACACCGCUCGGUUGUUUGAUCCCCUAGGCUGGAUCGCUACAAUCAUUGUCCGCAUUAAAAUUCUCUACCAAUCGUUGUGGUUGCAAGAUUUCCUGUGGGACGAUCCCCUACCGGCAUCGAUCAACGAAGAAUGGAACAAAAUCAAGACCAGCUUGCAUGAAAUCGAGAAUAUUCGUAUCCCAAGAUGGACUGCCAACCAUGGAGGAAAAAUGCCGCUGUUGGGGUUUGCUGACGCAUCGGAGGCUGCGUACGCAGCGGUUGUGUAUGCCAGAUCAACCGAUGAAGAAGCUGGUGGUGCUGCCAUGUAA